AAGCAGAAAUUUACCAUGGGUGACAAGGAAAGAGACAACCACUCAGAAGUGACUGACUUCAUUCACCACUCAGAAAUGACUGACUUCAUUCUUGUAGGCAUCAGGGUCCGUCCAGAGCUCCACAGUGUCCUCUUUCUUCUAUUUCUUAUUAUUUAUGGGAUGGUUCUUCUGGGAAACCUUAGCAUGAUUGGCAUCAUAGUGACUGAUCCCCGGCUGAACACACCAAUGUAUUUCUUCCUAGGCAACCUCUCCGUCAUUGACCUCUCCUACUCCACGGUUAUUGUACCUAAAGCCAUGGUAAACAUCUUAUCUCAGAAAAAGACCAUAUCCUUUGUGGGUUGUGUGGCUCAACUUUUCCUUUAUGCACUUUUUAUGGUAACAGAAGCUUUUGUAUUAGCAGCCAUGGCCUAUGACCGCUUCAUUGCCAUCUGCAAUCCUCUCCUUUACAGUGUUCGCAUGUCAAGGAGUGUCUGUAUCCAGUUGGUGGCUGGUUCCUAUCUCUUCGGCUGGGUCAGUUCCAUCCUCCAAAUCAGUGUAACAUUCUCCAUGUCUUUUUGUGCCUCUAGGGUCAUUGAUCACUUCUACUGUGAUUCAAAUCCAAUCGAAAAGAUCUCCUGUUCUAAUACUUUUAUCAAUAAGAUGGUAUCACUUAGUUUGGCUGUGCUCAUUAUUUUGCCAACAAUAAUUGUUAUUGUAGUAUCUUACAUGUAUAUUGUAUCCACGGUUUUAAAGAUCCAUUCCAGUGAAGGGAGAAAAAAAGCAUUUUCUACCUGCAGCUCCCACCUGGGGGUUGUAAGUUUGCUUUAUGGUACUGUUUCCUUUGUGUAUCUCACGCCUCCGAAUAAUCCUGAGCUUCGUAAAAUAGCUUCAGUAUGUUAUAUUUUGCUCACACCUAUGUUGAAUCCCCUAAUCUACUCUUUACGAAAUAAGGAUGUAAAAGAUGCCAUGAAAAAAGCCUUGUGCAAGAAAAAUGUUUUACUCUAAGAAGACUUGCACUCGUUUUACUGAUUCUUGUAUUAGUUGAUUGUUGUCUGUCUGAUCCUUGCCA